GUUGAAAACUCUUAUCUUUAGAUAAAUAUAGAGUGAAUGGAGUAUAUAUACCAAAACGAAUGGGACCCAGCCGCCAUAGACGAAUCAAAAACCAAAAAUAUGAGUCAGGCCGUUGGAGUAUUUGGACUUUUGCUGCUAUCUCUGACAGCUUCUCAAGCUGACACGUCCGUGAGCCUGAAUGAAAGAGGAACUGCGAUCGAAACCACAAACUAUGGACCCGUCACCAUGGUGGUUGACAAUCUGGCGGAGAUUGCAGUGAAUGUCAGCGAUGAGACCACAGGCCAACUGCAGGCCAAGAUGGAUCGUACUGGACAGGACAUCAGGGGAUAUAUCGAGGUGCUCGUCACAAGUGCCUCGGCUCAGUUAAGCGAUGUCAUCUUUGAGACCACAAACGUCCUGAUUGCGAAUCCCGACUGCAAUCCGGCUUGGAGUCUUGACGAGAUCAAUGAAAAUGUGACGACUCAAGUGAAUGGGUGUACAGAUGGUCUGGUAAUUCUUCUCGAGAACUUCCGCCAAAGCGGACAACAGGCCAUGGCCAGUGUCCAGGGAUUCGUCCAGAAAAUAGCCCAACUCCCAGCUCAGUGCCAACUGUUGGAAGGGGCACAACCGAAUCCUCUGGCUUCCAUCGGAGGGUCUGUGUGCUUUAUCAAUGGCAUGGCCGAGAUAAAUGUGGGCAUGGCCCAGUCCAUGCACAAUGCCUCCCUGCUUUUGGUUCAAACGCAUCAGGCCGCCGAGGAGCAAGUGAUGCUCGCAGAGCAGUGCCUUGGAGCGGUUGUGCAGCAGAUCGGGGACUAUCUCCGCCAGGAACAGGAUCAAUGCCAGCAGUAAAGGCAAACUGUUUUAAAAGAAAUACAAAUUUAUGCACCCAUAGGACGGCAGAAUCGAAGGACUCGCCACAUCCUGCUCACUUAUUCGAAAUGCAUGACAUUUAUUUGACAACUUUUUGAUUGAUUUUACAGCUGCUCCAAAAGAACUGGAGAACUCAUCUCCAUAUGAAGUACAGUGGAACAUGUCCCGACAGCUUUCAAAUAUUAAAAUGAAUCCUCAGUUAGCUCUUCAUAA